CAGGCAGAAACACUACACCCACCACGUCAGUGUGUGGGGAUACAACAGCAACAAUGUGGUCGCUCUGGCUACUACUGAGUCUCCAUGGCAGCAGGGAUUUGAAUUCAUGACAAUAUUUUGGGUGUUCCCCAAACAUCUGUAGUCAUCAUGUUGGUUCUUCUAGCUGGAAUCUUCCUCCUUCACCUCACCAGCAUCAUCCUCCUCCUAGUGGCAACUAUCGACAAUGCCUGGUGGAUGACAAAGACUGUGUCCACUGAUGUGUGGGCCAGGUGGAUACUGACCAAUGGAACCUGGAGCUCCAACGAUCUCCCCGGCCAGUACCCUCAAGAAUACCUCCAGGCAGUGCAGGCUAGCUCCAUUCUGGCCUGCAUAUUCUCUUCCCUUGGCCUGUUUGUGUUUGUGGGACAGCUCUUCACUCUGUCAAAGGGACAGAGAUUCACCUUCUCUGGCAUCUUCCAGCUCCUAGCCUGCCUGUGCAUCAUGAUCGCUGCCUCCAUCUACACAGACAUCUUUCACAAGAAUGAAUCGGAUGGUUGGUAUGGCCACUCCUUCAUUCUGGCCUGGAUCUCCUUUGCGUUCACCUUCAUCUCCAGUAUAAUCUACUUUGUCCUGCGAAAGAAGACAGCAAACUAGAAGCAGAAGACUAUAGCCCAAAGGACAGGCUCAAUAUCUUACGAUCUGAUCGUUUUUUGUACAAUUAGGUAUGGAUAUGAGUGUGGGAUACAAAAGGGGAGAGUUGUUAUCCACAGAUUUUCAUCCAUGUAUCUUUGGUUCCCACUGAAGUGUGUCUAAACAUAUGGAUUUACAUCGUUAUAACCUACCUGUCCUGCCCACAUAGUAAUAACUUACCUGUCCUACCCACAUAGUAAUAACCUACCUGUCCUGCCCACAUAGUAAUAACUUGCCUGUCCUGCCCACAUAGUAAUAACCUGCCUGUCCUGCCCACAUAGUAAUAACCUACCUGUCCUGCCCACAUAGUAAUAACCUACCUGUCCUGCCCACAUAUUACCAAGUCCAUGUUUAGUUUUCAUGGGCUCUUAAUAUAAAGUGGGACAACAUUUUCAAAGUGAAUGAAACUUUUACAGCCCUCAUAUAUUCGUUGAAGGUAUAGAGUAUAGACGGACAGUAUCUCAUUAUUUCAGAAUCAUAGUCCUGAACUAUUCUUGCUUACAUUUGAUUUAUUUCUCAAUUAGGCUCAGAAUAAAACAAGGCCAAAACACUCAAAACCAAAUAGAAGGAUGAAUUGACUAGUGUCGCAAACAGAAUCCAAUUUCGGAAACUGUCAACGAUCAUUACCCCGUUUGACUUACAGCCCUACUAUAGUGUGCUGAAUAAGACAAAGAAUAUAAUGUAUUUGCCAAUGUCCAUACAUGGAAUGGAACAUUCGUACUAACCUCACUGGACCACCACUCUUUUUAGUUAUGUCAUUAUUUUAUGCUUUGUACCAUUAGUCUUAUUGUGUAGGUUAACUUCCGUUUGUCUGAAUCAACCUUUCCCCCAGACAGACAGACGGAUUGAUCUUGAGUGCCUUGAAAUCUGACAGAGCAUAUUUGCUCGCUGCACAUUGAGAUGUGUAAAUAUGAACAUGUUUGGUUUCACAUUAUGCUUUGUAUGUCUAAUGCAAUUUUAUUUUUGUUACUAUUUCUUAUCAGUUUGAUAAUGAUCAUUUGUAUUAAAACCUGAUUUAAAUCACA